AUGCAAACGUUGAAAUUCAUCUCAGCUGCACACAAACUAAACUACCUCUCACCUCUGAGCAUCAUAGCCGAUUCUCUAGACUCGGCUCACAGUUUAUAUCGAUACGAAAACGCAUUAGAAUCGGCGACCGAUAACUCCAGCAGUUCCAGCCCUUCGACGCAAGAUUUUGCAGACUGGUAUCGUACCUCGGGCGGUGGUCAAUCACCAGCAACUAUGGAUCGGUCAUCGGUGCACAGUCCGGAAGAAGAUGACGAUACGGAAGAUGAUAACGAUGAAGUUCUAAGCGUUGGAUGUGAAUCGCCUCCACCUCCAUCUACAGGUUCGAUGUCUGAUUCGGGGAUGUUGAUGUCACCACCGCCAUUGAUAAAAACCUCGGCUAAAAAGACAGCCGUUGAUAGUCAUCAUAGCUUGAAAUUCAGCAUAGAUAAUAUUUUAAGGCCAGAAUUCGGUGAGAAGAAUCCUAUUAUUACUAAACCAAGCAGUGUGAAACGUAGUCAACAAAGAUCUAGUAAAAGUACAUCUUCGGCAGCGAAAAUUUCCAAAGGAAGUAGACCUAGUGAAGAUUCGCCGGUUGAUCUUUCCAAAGAAUGUCUAAAUGACAGUAAGUCUUCGUCAUCUUCGUCAUCAUCGUCGUCAUCUUCAUCAUCUUCAUCAUCAUCGUGUAAUUCUGUUAAGACUGAAGGUUCUGCCAAGAGCGAAUCAUCUGAUGGCAACAUGAUGUGGCCGGCUUGGGUGUACUGCACGAGAUACUCAGAUAGACCUUCUUCUGGUCCACGAAUACGAAUAAAACGUAAAGACAAAAAACCCGAAGAAAAAAGACCAAGGACAGCAUUUAGCGGCGACCAAUUAGGCCGAUUAAAGAAAGAAUUCGCCCAAUGUCGUUACUUGACCGAAAAACGUCGCCAAGAACUAGCCAAUGAGCUCGGUUUGAACGAGGCUCAAAUAAAAAUAUGGUUUCAAAAUAAACGAGCCAAAAUUAAAAAAGCCAGCGGCGUUAAGAAUCCUUUAGCUAUGCAACUAAUGGCUCAAGGAUUAUAUAAUCAUAGUACGUUACCUUUGAAUAAAGAAGACGAAGAAAUGUAG